AUGUAUGGUUUUGGAGAUGAUCAGAAUCCCUAUACAGAAUCUGUUGAUUUACUACAAGACUUAGUUAUAGAAUACAUCACAGAAAUGACAAAGAAAGCCAUGGAAACCGGGAGGCCAGGAAGAAUUCAAGUGGAAGAUAUUAUAUUCCUCAUUCGUAAAGAUCCUAAAAAAUAUUCUCGUGUCAAAGAACUGUUAUUAAUGAAUGAAGAACUCAGAAAAGCCAGAAAAGCCUUUGAUGAAAUUAAGUUUGCUACUAAAUAA